AUGGCUUCGGUAACCAGCCUGGACCAAGAUAUGCGCAAGUUGCGCCUGGAUCGGUACACGCCCGGCGCUGUCAAGGAAGUGAGGAAUUGGAUUGAAAGCAUCCUGGGAGAGAGGCUACCUCCCGGCGACUUAAUGGAUGCGCUCAAAGACGGCGUUGCACUUUGCAAGCUCGCUAACCUGGCCGUCGCUCCAGGUGUCAAGUACAAGCAGUCCAAUAUGCCAUUCGUACAAAUGGAAAACAUAUCCCAGUUCCUUCGCGCUUGCGAGAUGCCGCCGUUGAAUCUCCCCUCCCACGACCGUUUCCUCACAGUUGACCUUUACGAUUCCAAAGACCCUGCGCAAGUCUUGCAAUGUAUUGCCGCGUUCAGCCGCGCAGCAAAUACAGUCAACCCUUCAGUCUUUCCCACCACCUUAGGUGCAAAGAGCAAAGGGUCCGGUAUGAGCCCGCAAGGUACUGGUUCUAGCGGGCCAAGAUCGCCAGCAUAUACCACAACCACGACCACAACCAGGCCACGCGGAACAAGCAACACGACUGCAGACAGUCCAGCCAUCGCCUUCAAUAGCGUCAAUAGAGCUACUUACUCGGGCCGAGUCAGUCCGACCAAGACUACUCUCGCGCGAGGAGGGCUUGCAACCGGGGGGAACGUGAGCAGUUGGAGCAAUAGGAGUGAUGAGGGUACGACAGCGCCGGCCUGGAACAUACAUCAAUACGGAUAUAUGGGAGGUGCAAGCCAAGGAAACCAAGGCGUUGCAUUUGGGGCGCGGAGACAAAUCACAUCUCCCUCACCGAAUGUGCCAAGUCUGGCGGAGAAGGAAAAGCGUCUGAAAGAAGAGGCCGAAAGGAAACGACUCGAGGCGGAGGCACGUGAAAGGCAACAACGAGCGCAACGAGCGGCGGAAGAGGAGCAAGCCCGGCUAGACGAGGAGCGCAGAUGGGCCGAGGAGACGCGCCGACUGAGAGAGCAGGAAGUGGCAGACCAGCAGGCUGCGGAACGACAGCGUCUGCAAGAAGAGGAACGCGUUCGGCAAGAAGAACAGCGCCGCCAGCAACGCGCCUACGAUCGCGAUCGCGAUCGCGAGCAGGAAGCCGCCAAACAGGCGGACCGAGAAUCUCAAAUAGUCCAAGAACGCAAUCGUCAACGCACAGAGAGUGAUACCCGACUACACGGCCAGUUCCUCAGCCAGUACCGGGCGGAACAGGCUCGCUCUAACAUCACUUCUCCUCCCGCCACGCCACUCGUGGAGCAGCAGACGGCAGAAAGCCGACGGAUUGCGGAACUUGAGCGGCAACUGGAAGAAAUUAAAAGUCAACAAAGACAGCCCCAGGCCGAACCUUCCACCCCUCCGCUUCCCAGCAGGCCACAGGCGAGUCAGACGAGCAACGAAGACGACUGGAACCCAUCGGAAAGGGCAUAUUUGAAGCAGGAAUGGCAGAAAGCACAGGGCCUCGACAAUCGGGUGCCUCCAAAACCGGCACCUCCAGACGCCACUCCGACGGUGGUAUCAUCUCGCCCCCUUCCCGAUCCGGCAGCCUACGGGCCUGGCACAAACCGCACCGAUCGAUACCUGGCCUCUCAUCCAGCGCCGUCCCAACCUCAGGCGGCGUCUCACCGGCCGCAAGACUACUCCACCACCACAGAGGUCGAUCUGGAACGCGAGCGACGCAUCCAAUCGCAAGCACGCACCAAUGCGGGAGGUUGGGCCUCCAAGUCUCUUCUGGAACGCGAGAUGGAGCGCGAGCGAGAGCGUCAGCGAGAGUGGGAAGAGGGGCAGAGAGCAAUCGCGGCGAAAGCACGCGACCGGAACGAAGGGAGCCAGCCAGGGCAGACGUGGGAUGUGCAUCAAUAUGGAUACAUGGGCGGAGAUAGUCAAAACAGAGGCGGCCCCGGGCUGGGCGUGGGCGGAGCGAGGAGGCAAAUCAUCGGCCCGAGACCCCCUCCCUAA